AUGCAGAGAAAGCGACCCGUGGAGCACGCGAUGGCGAUCGAGAAUGCUCCCCAAGGCUCGGAUGGGACCAAGGAGAGGAGCAUGGCCCAGGAGGCGGCUGACAAGGAGGACGCCCUGGGCCUGAUCGAUGCACUGCGACGCUAUCCCCAGGCGGCCAUGCGCGCCAUCCUCGUGUCGGGCGCCAUUAUCAUGGAAGGCUACGAAAUUGUCCUCAUCAACUCCUUUUCCCGCAGGAGGCCUUUCGCCGAGAUAGACAGCACAAGUUGA